AUGAAAAAGUUCAUACUUUCCACAUCCAACAACACGAAUUUUAAGAGUGCUUUUUCUCAUCAUCAUGAGGAUGUUCGGAUGGCGUCCUACUUGUUGAGACCGGAACGGUUUUAUGCCCUUGCUUCAAGUGUUAAAUUUCUAAUGACUCAAGAUGCUUUAUUCGGAAUGAGAAAUUUCUCAACUCAAAAUGCCUCUCUGUACGGAGAGGAUAAUUAUCAAAAUAAUAAUAACAGAAAAUUCGGAAAUACAUCCUUCACUCCUAACAAUGAAGAAUCGAGGAAAUUCAAGGACCAUGAACGUAAAAAAGUUCCUCCUCAACAUUACGCUCAAAAAUCACGAGAUACUUGGCCAAUGUUCAAGGACGAACAAUUAGAAAAUGAUGACACUCGACACAAUAACAUGAAUAGAAACAGAUCCAGACAUCAUCAUCAAGGACAUCAAUUCAAUAGAACGCAUAAUAAGACACAGCAAGAACGGAACAAGUCAGAGACAUCAGUGGAGAAUGAAGUUGCUUCGAUGGUGUCCAAACUACUUUCAAGAUCAAAUUUCGAACAAAAACAGGUCGAUAGGUAUAAGGACUGGAAAUACCCAAAAUUCACUAUCAAAUGUCCCGAUAACUUUGACUUUACUAGCGCACCAACAAAAGAGCAUGACCCCACUUUAAUGUUAACCCCUUUUGACGAAGACAAGGCGAAAAUGUUUAAAACAUUUAUGCUCAAUUAUGUGAAGAAGAAUUCAAGUUUUAAAGCCAAGUGUACAUCGAUGAACUAUGAAUUUUUAUUUGACAUAUUCUGUUUGGAGAUAUUGGAACGUGCAAAAAUACAACCUGAAAUUGCAACUUUAGUGGACGAGGUAAUCAAUUUUCAUCCAGAGAAAAUUGUUAUGAGAAAUCAAAAAGGUGGUGACGACUCUAUUUUUUCGAAUGUGAUUAAUACAGAUAUGAAGCUUUAUGAUUUUGCAACUAUUACGGAACACACGUUGGGAAACAGUAACUUUUCAACAGAGCUGUCGAAAUGGUUCAACACUUUCAUUCAGCAAAAGUAUCCUUCAGACUUUAGAUUAUAUAUAGAGGCACUUCGUUGUUGUGACAUGACCAAUCCAUUCAAAUUCUACAAGAAGUCAAUACCUUUCGGAAGAAAAGUGAUUUAUCAUCUUGGACCAACAAACUCUGGAAAAACUCAUGCUGCUCUUACGGCCUUAUCGACCGCUGAAAAUGGUGUUUAUUGUGGGCCGUUGAGAUUACUUGCCCAAGAGGUUUUCACCAAGAUGAACACAAGGUAUGGAUGUAAAUGUAACUUAUUAACAGGGCAAGAAAAGAGAAUAAUUCCUGGAGCAAAUCAUGUUGCAUGUACAGUCGAAAUGGCAGAUUUGAAUGAAAUUUAUGAUGUUGCUGUAAUUGAUGAGAUUCAAAUGAUUUCUGACGCUCAAAGAGGCUCUGCUUGGACUAGAGCUCUUUUAGGCUUGAAAGCAAGGGAAAUUCAUGUUUGUGGUGAUGGAAGCGCAUUAGAGAUUGUAAAGAACUUGGUUUUUGGAGAUAAUUCCAAAUUAUCAGAAGAUACUAGCAUUGAGGUUAUUGAAGUAGACAAUCCCAAUCACAUUCCAACAGAAGAUGAAACAGCCACAGGAGAAAAUCUUUAUCAUUAUCAUCAACCAGUUGCUGCUGAUAAGCUUCUCUACUUUUCAAAACCAGGAAUUUCAGACACAUUAGAAGUGGUGCCAUAUACUCGAAUGAAGCCCUUAGAGAUUUGCUCGGAAUCGUUACAGGGAGAUGUCAAGAAUAUCAAAGAUUUUGAUUGCAUCGUUACCUUUUCCAGGAAUGAAAUUUAUGAAAUUAAGAAAUUAAUUGAAGUGAAUACCGGUAUUAAGUGUUGCGUUAUUUAUGGAGCAUUACCUCCUGAAGUAAGAACAGAUCAGGCAGAACUGUUUAAUGAUAGUGCCGAUAAGGAGCAGGAUGAAUUUGGAAACAGAGACUACUCGGUGUUGGUUGCCAGCGAUGCUGUUGGUAUGGGCCUUAACUUGAACAUUAAGCGCGUUGUGUUCUACAAAAUGUCUAAAUUUGAAAAUGCCAAACAAUCCAAUGCUCCUCUUGAGCCAUCUUUGGUGAAGCAAAUUGCAGGAAGAGCUGGACGUAGGGGUUUUCACGAACAUGGACAAGUCACAACAUUUUUUGACACUGAUUUAGAGUACCUUCAUCAAUGCAUGAAUUCUCCAAACACAGCCAUUGAACAAGCAGGUCUAUUUCCUGAAUGGUCUCAGAUUGAAGAAUUCGCCAAAGUUUACAAGAAUCUUAAGGACAAUGAUGAAAUAACUGCUAUUCCUAUAAGGGAUGUGUUGGAAAAAUUCUUCUCCUUGAGCAAAAUUCAUAAGGACUUUUUCUUUUGUGAUGUUCAAGAAACAUUAGAAUUGGCAGCUGCAAUUGAUGAAGCCGGUCCCAAUAUGACACUGAAACAAAAAUUCGACUUUGUGAAUGCACCAGUACCUGGGUUUGAUAGAGCUAAGGAGAUGCACAUUCGUUAUGUAGAAGAUUUCUCCAAUCCAAAAAUUGCAACUGUUCCAUUACAUAUUGACUUGCAAAACAUUUUAAGGAUUUUGGAUAAAAUUCGAGAAAAGUCCAAAACAGAGUCUAAAAUUCAAACAGGCUUUAAUUCAGUGGGAGUAUAUCUUCAAGAAGCUUUAAAGAAUAUUGAAUUUUAUCACAGAAUGAUUGACUUGUAUAUGUGGCUAGCAAACAAAUAUCCCUUAAGAUUUGACAAAGAUGCUGCAGAACAAGCACGAGAUGUGUUGAUGAGUGAAUUGACCGAGUCUCUUUUUAAUCAAACAGAGGAGAAUAAGAAAUUGAAAUCCAUAGGCAUGCUCAAAGAAAAUGCUCCAAGAGCAUUUGAAUAUGUCUCAUUUAAGAGAAACAAUCGAAAUCCUAACCAGCCACCUCUCGAUCCAAGUUUGCAAGGCCUUAGACGUGUCAUGAUUGGAGGAAAAGAGUAUUUCAGAAAGAAUCAAUACCAAGUAGUGACUCUCGAUGGAAAGCAAACCAAAGAUAUUGUGGAUGUCAUGGUUGAAACUAUGGAUCAAGAGCAGAAACAAUAA